AUGGACCAUUCGUUCGAGCCAUUGAAGAACGAUCUUUUAAUCCGGGCAGCAUGGGGUCAGCAGGUCGAACGCCCACCCAUGUGGGUGAUGCGGCAAGCUGGGCGCUAUCUCCCCGAAUACCAUGAAGCGAAAGGCACUCGCGAUUUCUUCGAGUGCUGCCGGGAUCCAGAGGUUGCGUCGACGCUUACCCUCCAACCCGUUGAACGUUUUGCCGGAUUACUCGAUGCCGCAAUUAUUUUCUCAGACAUUCUCGUAAUUCCACAGGCAAUGGGAAUGAAGGUCGAGAUGAUAGACAAGAAGGGCCCGCACUUUCCUGAUCCUCUCAAGGCUCCCACCGAUGGCCAGUAUGACCAAGUUCUCACCAAACAGGUCAAGGUGGCAGAAGAGCUGGACUAUGUCUACAAAGCCGUUACACUUACGAGAAAAAGACUAGCUGGUAAAGUGCCGCUUAUUGGUUUCUGUGGCGGCCCGUGGACUCUAUUCUGCUACAUGGUGGAAGGCGGCGGCACGAAGCUGUUUGCUCAGAGCAAGACCUGGAUAUACAUGUACCCCGAGGAAAGCAAGGCGCUUCUGUCGAAGGUCGCAGAUAUAUGCGUGGAUCAUCUUGCUCUGCAAGUAAAGGCUGGUGCACAGGUGGUUAUGGUAUUUGACUCAUGGGCAGGAGAGUUAUCUCCGUCGUCAUUCCGUGAGUUCUCUGAGCCUUACCUGUCGCGUAUUGCACAGAAGCUACCGAGCAAGCUGAAGAGCCUGGGGCUGGAUGCCGUCCCUAUGAUUGUCUUCCCCAAGGGUGCAUGGUAUGCCUUAGACUCUGUGUGCAAUCUUGGAUAUAACGUUGUGGGCAUGGACUGGCUCCAAGAUCCUGAGGCUGCUGUCAGGAUUCGCGGAUCACGCAAUGUGGUCUUCCAAGGCAACGCCGAUCCUGGUGUCCUGUACGGAACUAAGGAGGCGAUAACAUUGGCCGUGGAACAAAUGGUCCGCGGAUUUUGGGUCGGUAAGAAGGGUUGGAUUGCCAACUUGGGACACGGCAUUACACCAGGCGUAGACCCUGACAACUUGAAGCACUUUUUUGAGGAAAUUCAUCGGCUGACAAAAAGUUGA